AUGCCCUACACCUUUAAGCAAGACCACUUCAAGACAAAUGUUCGUUUCAUCGUCGGUUACAGCGCCGUCGCAAUCGCAGCGUUCACGUUCUACGCGGACCGCAAGCUUGGCUGGGAAGCGACGACAUCGUCAUGGGUUAUUGCCGCAGUUGGUUCGUACUUCAUUCUAAACUCGCUGCUCACGUACUGGGUCUGGGCCGUCGAGGCUAGCGAGGUCUUUCGGGGGAAGCGCAAGUCUGGGGAGACGAUAUCUAUUCGCUCGUCCGUGAAGAAGCACACGCCUCUCUACAGACUGCAGAUUCAGUAUAAAUCGGCUUCGAACAGCGUUUUAGAGGAGAAGGAGAUCGUGUCGCCGUUUACAGCUUGGUUCUCUGCUGACGGGACAUUCCAUCCGGAGCCUUUGCGCAAGUGGCUUGCGAAUGAGAUUAAUGUGCUACGCCUGGCCGCUCAGGAAACCAGGAAGAAAACCGGUGGCGUGGCUAGCGUGGUGGGAGUCGAGGAGACUGAGAACAAGGAGGUCAAGGAUGCGAAGAAGCGAAGGUAG